UUGUUCACAGGAGUGUUAUCGACGAGUAUCAUUACUAUAGAGAACAAAUGCAAUCAAACUGUGUGGCCAGUGAUCUACUCAUGGCAGUCACAAGUCUCCAUGACUGGCUUCGCUCUCAAGACAGGAGAGGUGCGUGACAUAUACGCGCCGACUUCAUGGUUCGGUCUCAUCUCGGCUAGGACGCUUUGCUCCACCGACUCGACCGGAACAUUCUCUUGCGCCACUGGAGACUGCGAAUCCGGCAAGAUCGAGUGUCCCAGCUCAUACAGUUGGGCCCCAGUGACUUAUGCCUACUUUAGAAUCGAUAACAGCAGAGUCAACAGCCACACCGCCAGUGUCGAGUACGGUUACAACCUUCCACUAAUGGUGGUACCAUCAAAGAGUAGCCGGACAUGUACCAGUAGUGGUUGCGUGGUUUGUAAAUUUAUGAGAAUUAAUGAGAGUUUAUGAGAAUUAUUUGAUAGA